GGAUACUUUUCCGUUGUUAUAAGUUGGGAGAAAUGACAUCUUCAGUUGAAAAGUGAAGGGUCUUCUAGUUUUUUCUACUGCUUUGUGAAAACAUGUGCUCUGUUCUUUAGAGCAACUUAUGACUCUCAUCUCUGCUGCUCGAGAAUAUGAGAUAGAGUUUAUCUAUGCUAUCUCUCCUGGAUUGGAUAUCACCUUCUCUAACCCCAAGGAAGUGUCUACGUUAAAACGCAAACUGGACCAGGUUUCUCAGUUUGGGUGCAGGUCAUUUGCUUUGCUUUUUGAUGAUAUUGACCAUAAUAUGUGUGCAGCAGACAAAGAGGUGUUCAGUUCUUUUGCUCAUGCCCAGGUCUCCAUCACAAAUGAAAUCUAUCAGUACCUGGGAGAGCCAGAAACAUUCCUCUUCUGUCCCACAGAAUAUUGUGGCACUUUCUGUUAUCCAAAUGUAUCUCAGUCUCCUUAUUUAAGGACUGUGGGUGAAAAGCUUCUACCUGGAAUUGAGGUGCUUUGGACCGGUCCCAAAGUUGUUUCUAAAGAAAUUCCAGUAGAGUCCAUUGAAGAGGUUUCUAAGAUUAUCAAGAGAGCUCCAGUAAUCUGGGAUAACAUUCAUGCCAAUGAUUAUGAUCAGAAGAGAUUAUUUUUGGGCCCGUAUAAAGGCAGAUCCACAGAACUCAUUCCACGCUUAAAAGGAGUCCUGACGAAUCCAAAUUGUGAAUUUGAAGCCAACUAUGUUGCUAUCCACACCCUCGCCACUUGGUAUAAAUCGAACAUGAAUGGAGUGAGAAAAGAUGUAGUAAUGACUGACAGUGAAGACAGUACUGUGUCCAUCCAGAUAAAGUUAGAGAAUGAAGGCAGUGAUGAGGACAUUGAAACAGACGUCCUCUACAGUCCUCAGACUGCUCUGAAGCUGGCUCUGACGGAGUGGCUGCAGGAGUUUGCCGUCCCUCAUCAGUACAGCAGCCGGCAGGUGGCACACAGUGGUGCGAAAGCAAGUGUCGUCGACGGGGCUCCGCUAGUUGCAGCACCCUCUUUAAAUGCCACAACUGUGGUCACAACCGUUUACCAGGAGCCCAUUAUGAGCCAGGGGGCAGCCUUGAGUGGUGAGCCCACAGCUCUUGCCAAGGAGGAAGAAAAGAAGCAGUCUGAUGAAGAACCCAUGGACAUGGUAGUGGAGAAACAAGAAGAAACAGACCACAAGAAUGACAAUCACAUACUGAGUGAGAUUGUUGAAGCUAAAAUGGCAGAGGAGCUGAAGCCCAUGGACACUGACAAAGAGAGCAUAGCUGAGUCCAAGUCCCCAGAGAUGUCAAUGCAGGAAGAUGGCAUUGGUGACAUUGCCCCCAUGCAGACUGAUGAGCAGACGGGCAGGGAGCCGUUUGUGCCGGGCCCGGGUGAAAAGCCCUUGUACGCCGCAGAGCCGGUGACCCUGGAGGAUUUGCAGCUGCUUGCUGAUCUGUUUUACCUUCCCUACGAGCACGGGCCCAAAGGAGCACAGAUGCUGCGGGAGUUCCAGUGGCUUCGCGCGAACAGCAGUGUUGUCAGUGUCAACUGCAAAGGAAAAGACUCUGAAAAGAUCGAAGAAUGGCGGUCUCGAGCAGCCAAGUUUGAAGAGAUGUGUGGCCUGGUGAUGGGCAUGUUCACCCGGCUCUCCAACUGUGCCAACAGGACGAUCCUUUAUGACAUGUACUCCUAUGUGUGGGAUAUCAAGAGUAUAAUGUCUAUGGUGAAGUCUUUUGUACAGUGGUUAGGGUGUCGUAGUCAUUCUUCAGCACAGUUCUUAAUUGGAGACCAAGAACCCUGGGCCUUUAGAGGUGGUCUAGCAGGAGAGUUCCAGCGUUUGCUGCCAAUUGAUGGGGCAAAUGAUCUCUUUUUUCAACCACCCCCACUGACUCCUACCUCCAAGGUGUAUACUAUCAGACCAUAUUUUCCUAAAGAUGAGGCUUCAGUGUACAAGAUUUGCAGAGAAAUGUAUGACGAUGGAGUGGGUUUACCUUUUCAAAGUCAGCCUGACCUUAUUGGAGACAAGUUAGUAGGAGGGCUGCUUUCCCUCAGCCUGGAUUAUUGCUUUGUCCUAGAAGAUGAAGAUGGCAUUUGUGGUUAUGCCCUGGGCACUGUAGAUGUGACCCCCUUUAUUAAAAAAUGUAAAAUUUCCUGGAUUCCCUUCAUGCAGGAAAAGUAUACCAAGCCAAAUGGUGACAAGGAACUCUCUGAGGCUGAGAAAAUAAUGUUGAGUUUCCACGAAGAACAGGAAGUAUUGCCAGAGACUUUUCUUGCCAACUUUCCUUCUCUGAUAAAAAUGGAUAUUCACAAAAAAGUAACUGACCCAAGUGUGGCCAAAAGCAUGAUGGCUUGUCUCCUGUCUUCACUGAAGGCUAAUGGCUCCCGGGGAGCUUUCUGUGAAGUGAGACCAGAUGAUAAAAGAAUUCUGGAGUUUUACAGCAAGUUAGGCUGUUUUGAAAUUGCAAAAAUGGAAGGAUUUCCAAAGGAUGUGGUUAUACUUGGUCGGAGCCUGUGACAUUUGUCGGCACCAUGAGCUGCCCAAAAGUCGAACUCCACCUUGUGAGUGGUGGUUGAGAUCACCCCCCGGUUCAGCUUCUGAGUGGCAACAAACGAUAGCCAAUUGGAUUGGAACAAAGACCACAGUGUAAAACUUACCGGCUCACUUUCACACUACUCCCUGAUUGGAAGAAGAUAGCAUUGCUGCAGGUCCUGUAUGAAACAGAGAUGCGGCCUCCUUUAUAGGGUGUGUGUCAGGUGCCACAACCUCUUACCUGGGAUUAUUUGGGGAGGGGUCUUCAAUAAAUGCAGUCAGCACAAUUUUUUGCAUCCAGUGUGGUUGCGUUUCUCCCCCAAGAGUAGUCAAAAUGACUUCUGCCACCCUCCUGGUUUAUUGAAUGAAAUGUCUCGUCUUCAGGGACAUGGCAGAGACGGGAACGAUUUGGUGGGUUUCAGAGGCUUUAGGGUGGAGAGAUUCCCAGUGGGAUGGUUGUGGCAUUAGUUUAAGCCGAAUAAACGAUUUUAAUUUUGGGCAGUUUUUCUGCUUUCUGUAAAGCCAUGGCCAAUUGUCUCCUGUAGUGACCAUUGGUUCUGGUUAUGUUGUGCUUUGUAGGGACAAAUGUGCAGUUGUGUGUGACAAAAGCCUAAAAUUAACAAACCUGUAAAUUUCUUUGUAUAUAAACUAGCUGUAACCUGACUAUCCUUUGUGUUUUCUGCUUUUGUAACUUUUUUUUCCUCUUGAAAAUGAAAGGGUGUUGGUUCAGGAUGGCACUUUCAAUAAUGUAAAUCAGUGGAAGUGGAUUUUCUUUACUUUUAUCUUUUGGUUUGGGGAUUUUUUUUUUUUUUUUAAGGUUUUAUUAUUUUUAAAGUGCCUCCCACCUAGGCCUAGGCCAUGUCCAUUUUGGGUACGAGAGCCUAAUUUUAUAGGUCUUAAUCUGUUGCAGAGUGCAGUCACUUACAGAAAUUAACCUCAGUAGCAAGUCAGCAUGUGAAGUGAGAUGUUGGUUUUGACAUCUGUCAAGCAGGGUUUGGGGACUGAGUGGUCCCAGUUACCCUUGGAUCAGUUGUCCUUUAAUCUCAAGACCUGUUAAUACUGGUUUUUAUUAAAUCAGAGUCUUUAAUUCUUGCAUGUUUGUAUCUAAUUUUUAAAAGAAUGAGCACACUUCGAUGAUUUAUAGUUACCAUUUUCUUUUAACCACGGAUUCUGAAAGCUUCAUGUGUUUAAUUUAGCAUUGAUGUUUUUAAGGGUUCUGAGCAUGAGGCUGUCCGUUAAUCUGCAGGAUUCUUUUUUUUCCAUCAUGGCUGGCUGACUUCUCUCUAGACUCAUAACAGUACCUUGAUAUCUUCCCUGCAGUUUUGCAUCAGCUGUUUAACUUUGAGCGGAGCGAGGGGAGAGCGGCGAGGAGAAGGAAGCUAGAGAAAUUUUCCUUCCAGAACUCCACCAUGUGGGCUUGAGAGGCAUAAAGCAUGUUCUUAAGUGGUCCUGGUGAUUUCCAGCCAAGGCCCGCGAUUGGGCCCUGGCCCACGGGAGAGAGCAAGGGGGGAAAGGAAGGGACCUUUGUUUUGAGGUCGAAGGGUGCGAAGCGUUGGAGGGCUGGAACGCAGUUGCGGUUUUGAGGCCGGAGCUAGGAAGAUCCCCGCCGAUGGAAGGCCGAGCGGGAGUCGGGGUGCGUCACCUUCGACCCCUGCGGACACUUCCGCCUUUCAUCUGCAGGGUUUCAGGGUCAGCCUCAUGGAAUCAGGAUUUUAGCAGGUUUGCUCUUGGUUUUUAUCUUGACUUUUAAUCACCUGGGCUGGUCUGCUCACAGGUGCUGACUGAAACGCGCCCACUUGGCGUCACUUGAGCCGAAAGAGCUCUGCUGUCCCGUGGUUAUGAGUCUGUAUUAAGGUUGGAAUGACAUUUCACCGACUGUCUAGAUCGCAGCUCAGUUCCUGUAGAAAACGAACUGUAAAACUCUGAAGACCAUGCAAGAGGCAAAAUAAAACCUGAAGUAAAAGCG